AUGUUCAACUUGAUGAAGAAGGACAAAGAGAAGGAUGGCGCCCGAAAAGAGAAGAAGGAAAAGAAGGAGAAGAAGGAGCGGAUGUCGGCAGCUGAGCUCAAGAGCCUGGAGGAGAUGAGCAUGCGCCGGGGCUUCUUCAACCUCAACCGUGCCUCCAAGCGGGACUCCAAGACACGCCUGGAGAUCUCCAACCCCAUACCAAUCAAGGUGGCCAGUGGAUCUGACUUGCAUCUCACAGACAUUGACUCUGAUAGCAACCGGGGCAGCAUCAUCCUGGACUCAGGCCACCUGAGCACAGCCAGCUCCAGUGACGAUCUCAAAGUGGAUGAUGCCAACUUCAAGGGCUCAGUGCUGCAGCGGGCAGCCAAGUUUGGCUCUUUGGCCAAGCAGAACUCUCAGAUGAUUGUCAAACGCUUCUCCUUCUCCCAGAAAAGCCGAGAUGGGAGCACCUCAGAGACAUCCACACCCUCUGAGCACUCAGCGGCCCCCUCCCCACAGGUGGAGGUGCGCACACUGGAGACUCAGCUCACCAAGCAAGGGGUCCCCCCAGGACAUCCCUGUAACCCUCCCACCACUUCCCUGCGUUCCAGGGUGCCGGAGCUCGUUGACAAGAGGUUCCCUGCUGAGUUACGGCUGCCUGCAUUGGUGCCCCCACAGCCCCCCACACCUCGGCAGCUGGAGUUGCAGAGGCGCAACACCGGUGAUUUUGGCUUCUCCCUGCGCCGCACCACUAUGCUGGACCGGGCCCCCGACGGACAGGUGUACCGGCGCAUUGUGCACUUCGCCGAACCUGGAGCAGGCACCAAAGACUUGGCAUUGGGCUUGGUGCCUGGUGACCGGCUGGUGGAGAUCAAUGGACGAAAUGUGGAGAACAAAUCCCGCGAUGAGAUCGUGGAGAUGAUCCGGCAGUCAGGGGAAACAGUGCAGCUGAAGGUGCAGCCCAUCCUGGAGCUGAGCGAGCUGAGCCGCUGCUGGCUGCGGGGCGGCCAGGGGACCCGCCGUGCUGCCUGGGAUGUCAAGGACGAGGACAAAUCCUUAGCUGUGAAAAGACCCGGGAAGGAGGAUGGGGCUUCAGAGAGCCCGAAGGACGCGGCACCUGCAGCCUCGAAUCCUGAGCCCUCAAAGAGCCCCGAGCCGCAGCCUGGGCGAGGGAAGAGCCCGGAGCCGGUCCUGAACGGGGCGGCCGUGAACGGGCUGGAAGGCCCAGCCUCUGAGCUGCAGGGGCAUGAUGGCCAGGGGCUGUCCCGCCGUAAGGUGGCCCAGGUGGUGCGCAAGGUGGUCCGCAAAGUCCUGCCGGGGGAGGAUGCCAGCAGUGCUAAGGAGCCAGGGCAAAACACCAAGUCUCCUGAGCUGGUGCGAGAUGCCAAGUCUCCUGAGCCGGUGCCACCCCCAAGGAAGGAGGACACAGGCCGUCCUGCCAUCCCAGCUCCCCCCGCUGUGCCACCUCCCCCUGCCAUGCCAGCAGCCUCUGCCAAGCCAGAGCCCAAGGAUGAGAUCUCAGCAGGGCUCAAAACUCUCAUGACGAAGGGCAAAACCAAAGAGCAUCGGCCACGGCUCCGGCUGGGGGACAAGCGGGAGGAGAAGUCCCCUGAGCCAGCCUGGGGGGAUGCAAAGCCAUCCCCAUCCCCCGGUGCUGAAGCCAAGCCAGAGCCACUGGGGCAGCCUUCGGGAGGGAAGGUGGAGCCAGCAAAGGCAUCCGCUCUGAAACCCACCGCCCUGGAGCGGCACAAGAAGCAGCAGCCCAGCGAGAAGCGGCCAACUCCCGCGAAAACCACCCCGGCACCCCCUGAGAAGGCUGCCCCUGGCCCUGCGUCCCAGCUGAGCCCAGAGGAGGAGGCCCAGCGCCGGCUGGAGAGGAUCUUCACCACUUCUGUAAAUCCAGGGCUGGACCCCGCCGCCUCCACCUCAGCACCCAGCCAGGGUCAAGUGGAUGAUGCCCCAGCAGCCCCCUUUGGCCUUGUCCCUGCUGCAGCUCAGGCCAAGACAGAGGAGCAAAUAGCAGCUGAGGAGGCCUGGUAUGAAACUGAGAAGGUGUGGCUGGUGCACAGGGAUGGCUUCUCCUUGGGCAGCCAGCUGCGGCCAGAGGAAGGCAGCCCCCUGCCUGAGGGCAAGGUGAAGGUGAAGCUGGACCAUGAUGGAGCAAUCCUGGAGGUGGAAGAGGAUGAUGUGGAGAAGGCAAACCCACCCUCCUGUGACCGUGUGGAGGACCUCGCCAGCCUCCUCUACCUCAACGAGUCCAGCGUGCUGCACACACUGCGGCAGCGCUAUGGUGGCAACCUCCUGCACACCUACGCCGGUCCCACCAUGGUCAUCAUCAACCCGCUCAGCUCCCCCUCUAUGUAUUCUGAGAAGGUCAUGCACAUGUUCAAGGGGUGCCGCAGGGAGGACACGUCCCCACACAUCUACGUGGUGGCCCAGGCCGCCUACCGCAACAUGCUGAUGAACCGCCAGGAUCAGGCCAUCGUGCUGCUGGGCGCCAGUGGCAGCGGCAAGACCACCAACUGCCAGCACCUCAUCCACUACCUCGCCACCAUUGCUGGCAGCACCAGCAAGGUCUUCUCUGUGGAGAAGUGGCAGGCUCUGCACACCAUCUUGGAGGCUUUUGGCAAUAGCAGCACCGGCAUGAACGGCAACGCCACCCGCUUCUCCCAGAUCAUCUCUCUGGACUUCGACCAGGCUGGGCAGGUGGCAUCUGCCUCCAUACAGACAUUGCUGCUGGAGAAGCUGCGUGUUGCCAGGCGUCCAGCCAACGAGGCCACCUUCAACAUCUUUUACUACCUGCUGGCCUGCUCUGACAGUGCACUGCGGACUGAGCUUCACUUCAACCACCUGGCAGAGAACAAUGUCUUCGGCAUCGUGCCCCUCUCCAAGCCAGAAGAAAAGCAGAAGGCAACCCAGCAGUUCAACAAGCUCCAGGCUGCCAUGAAGGUGAUGGGCAUCUCUGGUGAUGAGCAAAAAGCCUUCUGGCUCAUCCUGGGAGCCAUCUAUCAUCUGGGGGCAGCUGGAGCCACAAAAGAGGCGCUGGCAGACGGAGCUGACGCCGAUGAAGCUGGGAGGAAGCAGUUUGCACGCCACGAGUGGGCUCAGAAAGCUGCGUACCUGCUGGGCUGCAGCCUGGAGGAGCUCUCCUCCUCCAUCUUCAAACACCAGCCCAAGGCCACCCUGCAGCGAUCCACCUCCUUCCGUCAGGGUCCCGAUGAGCCUCCCCUGGGUGACAGUGGCACAGGUACCAAGUUGACAGCACUGGAGUGCCUGGAGGGCAUGGCGGCCGGCUUAUACUCUGAGCUCUUCACCCUCCUCAUCUCCCUCCUCAACAGGGCACUGAAGUCGAGCCAGCACUCAGUGUGCUCAGUGACAGUGGUGGACACCCCUGGGGCACAAAACCCUGAGCUAGCAGGGCAGAGCCGUGGGGCCACUUUCGAGGAGCUCUGCCACAACUACACCCAGGAGCGCUUGCAGCUCCUCUUCCACCAGCGCACCUUCGCCCGUGAGCUGGAGCGCUACAAGGAGGAGAACAUAGAGCUUGCCCUGGCUGAUGCUGAGCCCAGCUCCUCUGGCUCUGUAGCUGCUAUAGACCAGUCUUCACACCAGGCGCUGGUCCGGUCGCUGGCCCGCACGGACGAGGCACGGGGGCUGCUGUGGCUGCUGGAGGAGGAGGCACUGCAGCCAAGUGGCAAUGAGGACACUUUGCUGGAGCGGCUCUUCUCUUACUAUGGCCCCCAGGAAGGCAGCAAGAAAGGGCACAACCCACUGCUCCCCAGUGACAAGCCCCGACACUUCCUCCUGGGUCAUAGCUCAGGGACCAACUGGGUCGAGUAUGAUGCCACAGGCUGGCUCAGUCAUGUCAAGCACAACCCAGCCUCCCAAAACGCCUCCAUCUUGCUGCAGGAGUCACAGAAGAAGAUCAUUAGCAGCUUGUUUGCUGGCCGUGGUGGGUCAGCCCUGGUGCUGUCAGGCUCGGUGGCAGGGCUGGAGGGGGGCUCCCAGCUAGCCCUGCGCCGGGCCACCAGCAUGCGCAAGACCUUCACCACUGGUGUGGCUGCUGUCAAGAAGAAGUCUCUCUGCAUCCAGAUCAAGCUGCAAGUGGAUGCCCUCAUCGACAGCAUCAAGAAAUCCAAGCUCCACUUUGUGCACUGCUUCCUGCCCAAGGCAGCUGGGGCCAGCGGGGACCCCCGGGCCUUGCCAUGCCGGCGGGUGAGCGGCAGCGAGCUGGAGCUGCCAGCAGCAGAGCACUGUGAGGCUGGGCUCAUGCAGCUGGAUGUGCCCCUCCUGCGUGCCCAGCUCCGUGGCUCCCGCCUGCUUGAUGCCCUCUGCAUGUAUCGCCAAGGGUACCCUGACCACAUGGUGUUUGCGGAGUUUAGGCGACGCUUUGACGUCCUGGCCCCACAUCUGACCAAGAAACAUGGGCGCAACUACAUUGUGGUGGACGAGAAGCGGGCAGUGGAGGAGCUUCUGGAGUCACUGGAUCUGGAGAAGAGCAGCUACCACAUGGGCUUGAGCCGGGUAUUUUUCCGGGCUGGGUCGCUCGCCAGGCUGGAGGAGCAGCGCGACACCCAGACCAGCAGGAACAUCAUGCUCUUCCAGGCAGCGUGCAGGGGCUUCCUGGCACGGCAGCAGUUCAAGAAAAGGAAGAUCCAGGAUUUGGCCAUCCGGUGCGUGCAGAAGAACAUUAAGAAAAACAAGGGGGUGAAGGACUGGCCCUGGUGGAAGCUCUUCACCACCGUGCGGCCCCUCAUCGAGGUGCAGCUCACUGAAGACCAGAUCCGUGGCAAAGACGAAGAGAUCCAGCAGCUGAAGAGCAAACUUGAGAAGGUGGAGAAGGAGCGGAACGAGCUGCGGCUCAACAGUGACCGCCUGGAGAGCAGAAUCACAGAGCUGACAUCAGAGCUGACAGACGAGCGAAACACCGGCGAGUCGGCCUCCCAGCUGCUGGAUGCUGAGACAGCUGAGAGGCUGCGGGCUGAGAAGGAGAUGAAGGACCUGCAGGCCAAAUAUGAUGCCCUGAAGAAGCAGAUGGAGUCAAUGGAAAUGGAGGUGAUGGAGGCUCGGCUCAUCCGGGCAGCUGAGCUCAAUGGGGAGCUUGAUGACGAUGAUUCAGGUGGUGAAUGGCGUCUGAAAUACGAGCGGGCAGUGCGGGAGAUCGACUUCACCAAGAAGCGGCUGCAGCAGGAGCUGGAGGACAAGCUGGAGGUGGAGCAGCAGAGCAAGAGGCAGCUGGAGCGGAGGCUGACAGACCUGCAGGCAGACAGUGAGGAGAGCCAGCGGGCACUGCAGCAGCUGAAGAAGAAGUGCCAGCGACUGGCUGCAGAGCUGCAGGACACCAAGCUGCACCUUGAGGGCCAGCAAGGACGCAACCAUGACCUGGAGAAGAAGCAACGGAGGUUCGACAGCGAGCUCUCACAGGCACACGAGGAGGCACAGCGGGAGAGGCUGCAGCGGGAGAAGCUGAGCCGCGAGAAGGAUGUGCUGGUGGCUGAAGUCUUUGGCCUCAAGCAGCUGUUGGAGGACAAGGACUCAGACAUUGUGGGGCUGACACAGAAGGCAGAAGCGCUGGAGGCCGAGCUGCAGGACAUCUCCUCCCAGGAGUCAAAGGAUGAAGCCUCCCUGGCCAAGGUGAAGAAACAGCUGAGGGACCUGGAGGCGAAGGUCAAAGACCAGGAAGAGGAACUGGAUGAGCAGGCUGGGACCAUCCAGAUGCUGGAGCAGGCCAAGCUGCGACUGGAGAUGGAGAUGGAGCGGCUGCGGCAGACCCAUGCCAAGGAGGUGGAAAGCCGCGACGAGGAGGUGGAGGAGAUUCGGCAGUCGUGCCAGAAGAAGCUGAAACAGAUGGAGGUGCAGCUGGAGGAGGAGUAUGAGGACAAGCAGAAGGUUCUGAGAGAGAAAAGGGAGCUGGAGAGCAAGUUGUCUGCUGUCAGUGAGCAGGCCAACCAGAGGGACUUUGAGACAGAGAAGCGCCUGCGCCGGGACCUGAAGAGGACAAAGGCGCUGCUGGCCGAUGCGCAGAUAAUGCUGGACCACCUGAAGAACAAUGCACCCAGCAAGAGGGAGAUUGCCCAGCUCAAGAACCAGCUGGAGGAGUCGGAGUUCACCUGCGCAGCUGCCGUCAAGGCUCGCAAGUCUAUGGAGGUGGAGAUUGAAGACCUCCACCUGCAGAUUGAUGACCUCGCCAAGGCCAAGGCAGCACUGGAGGAGCAGCUGAGCCGGCUGCAGCGGGAGAAGAACGAGGUGCAGAGUCGGCUGGAAGAGGACCAGGAAGACAUGAAUGAGCUGAUGAAGAAGCAUAAGGCAGCUGUGGCCCAGGCAUCCCGGGAUCUGGCACAGAUGAACGACCUCCAGGCACAACUGGAGGAGGUCAGCAAGGAGAAGCAGGAAUUGCAGGAGAAGCUGCAAGGCCUACAGAGCCAGCUGGAGUUCCUGGAGCAAUCCAUGGUGGACAAGUCGUUGGUGAGCCGGCAGGAGGCCAAGAUCCGCGAGCUGGAGAACAGGCUGGAGUUCGAGCGGACACAAGUCAAGCGCCUGGAGAGCCUGGCCACACGGCUGAAGGAGAAUAUGGAGAAGCUGACAGAGGAGCGGGAUCAGCGUGCAGCCGCUGAAAACAGGGAGAAGGAGCAGAACAAGCGGCUGCAGCGACAGCUCCGUGACGUCAAGGAGGAGAUGGGUGAGCUGGCCAAGAAAGAGGCAGAGGCAAGCCGCAAGAAGCACGAGCUGGAAAUGGACCUGGAGAGCCUGGAAGCUGCCAACCAAAGCCUGCAGUCGGACCUGAAGCUGGCCUUCAAGCGCAUCGGGGACCUGCAGGCAGCCAUCGAGGAUGAGAUGGAGAGUGACAGCAAUGAGGACCUCAUCAACAGUUUACAGGACAUGGUGGCAAAGUAUCAGAAAAGAAAGAGUAAACUUGACGGUGACUCAGAUGUGGACUCGGAGCUGGAGGACCGCGUGGAUGAGGUGAAGUCCUGGCUCUCUAAGAACAGAGGCUCCUCCAAAGCACUCUCAGAUGACAGCAGCCUGAAGGGCAGCAGGUCAGCCUUGCCAGACGGCCCCGAGGGCGAGGAGCGGCCGGUGUCGGUGUUGAGCUGCCUCAGCUAUAGGAAGCGGCCGGGCCUCAAGGACUCCAUAGGUGGCCAUGGAGAUGAGCAGACGCUCUUCAGUACGCUCAGCGAGCGACCGGCUUCCCCUGAGCGUGCUGCCCGCAGAGCAGCCCGGGGCGGCGAGCCCGAGGACCGGGCGGCCGUCAUCGCCCGUGCCUUCGCUGACGCCAGCAGCCGUGCUCGGCAAGGGCUGGGCAAGCGGUGGUCCCUCUCGGCUGCUGAUGGCGAGAAAGCCUCCGUCGCCUCUGCCCCGGUGAGCCGGGCCUCCUCCACUUCCUGGCGUGGUCUGGAGGAUGAGGACGAGGGGGACGAGGGGUACUCGGUGCUGAGCUUUGCGCUCUCCAGCCCCGGGAGCUUGCGGAGCCGACGUGGGGGACCAGAGCGCCGUCCUGAGUCGCGGCACUCCCUGGCCCGCAGCCGCCUGGAGGAGGGAGAAGAGGGGUCCCGCGGGCAGCCCCCUUUGGCACGCAGCUUCUCUGUGCCCCCUCGGCCCCGCAGUGCUGCCUCUGAGGAGGGGGGUCCUGGGGAUGCCCGCCCCGUGGGGCACCGCUCCUACCUUGACCCUGACCUGGAAGCUGCCAUCCAGGAGGUGCUGAGCUACCGCCCACUGCAGGCCAGGGCCAUCUCCAGCCCCGAGGCUGACUCUGGGGAUGAUGGCCGCAGCGUGCGGAGCAUGAGAAGUGUGAGAAGUGCAGCCCCCCUGGGUGCUGCCGACCGACCCUCUGGCAGCCUGCGUCGCUCUGCGUCUGCUCUUGACUUCUCUCGGCGCUCUGGCCGGUGCCGCAGCAGCUCAGGCUCCUCAGAUGAAGAGGAGCGCAAGAAGAAGAGUGCUAAGAAGCGCACCAAGAAGGCCAAGAAGAAAUCCAAGAAGAAGAAGAAGAAGCAGCAGCAGUCAUCAUCUGACUCAAGUUCCUCCUCAGAUUCCUCCUCUGAUUCCUCCUCUGGCUCCACCAGCUCCUAUCGGAGCACUUCUAGUGUCAAGAAGGGCCCAAAGGCAGUGGGGGGCGAGGAGCCAGGACAUCCUGGCUGGGGCAAGAAGGAGGAGAAGCAGCGGAAGAAGCAGGUUGACAGCCUGAUGAUGAAGUACUUGUACCGUCCCGAGAGCGACUGA